CGAGCUGCCACUGGGCGUAGCUAUGUUUAUUGGUUAACUCAUGUCAACUCUAUACAUGUCAUUUCAAGUUUAGUGUCUCUUUUUAUCAGUAUUUUGUACGUGUACCGUCAAAUGUCAUUCUAAAAGUAAGAACAGGAAACAGGGUACGUCAAGAACAGAGUUUUGUGAUGGAUUUUUAAAACCUUACGUAACCAACUAACAUCAGCUUAGUCUACAAUGGCUUUAGCAAUAAUUUUGAGAAAUUCGACUAGAAUUCAAGCAUCCCCAAAUAUUUUCAAGACUGCCAUCGCUAUAAACUCAAGGAAGUCAUUCACACAACUUACUACUGGAGCCAAUAAAAAUUUGAAUAUUUUACCAAGAAUUAAUUUGGCUAGCUAUGUGAAAAGGAAUAUGUCUGCUGAUCACAGCAAGCUAUGGCCAAUAGAAAGGGCUGUAUCAAUUGCCCUUUUGGGAAUCACCCCACUAGUUUUUAUAUCCCCUAAUACUGCUCUGAAUGACAUUUUUGCUAUCGCCACUGUAGCUCAUUUCCAUUGGGGAUUGGAAGCUUGUGUGGUGGAUUAUGUAAGACCAAUCGUCGUUGGACCCGUUCUACCAAAAGUGACUCUUGCUUUGUUGUACUUUCUUUCAAUUUCCACUUUAGGAGGACUUUUGUAUUAUAAUCACCACUCCGCCGGUAUUGGUAACGCUGUUAGAGAUUUCUGGAAGAUUAAGAAAUAAAGAAUAAAUGCAAUGCACCUUUUUUGUUAACUUUAUAUUUAAUGUAUAUUACAGUAUUUAAUAAUAAAUAAUAUAUAAAGUUUCUUUUUAAAA